GCUGAGAGGAAAUUGAUCUGAGAGUGAGAGAGUGAAGCAAAAUAGAGAUGGCUAGAACGACGUCGUUGCUGCUCUGUGCUCUGGUCCUCUUCGGAGCCCUAGCUCUAAUUGAGGCAAAGAAAUCCAAGGAGGAUCUGAAGGAGGUGACCACCAAGGUUUUCUUCGAUGUCGAAAUUGCUGGGAAGCCUGCUGGUCGGAUCGUCAUGGGUCUUUUCGGGAAGGCUGUACCUAAGACAGCAGAAAAUUUCCGAGCUCUUUGCACAGGGGAGAAAGGCAUUGGAAAGAGCGGAAAACCACUCCAUUACAAGGGUAGCAAAUUUCACAGGAUUAUUCCCAGCUUCAUGCUUCAGGGAGGUGAUUUCACUCUCGGUGAUGGAAGAGGUGGAGAAUCAAUUUAUGGAGAAAAGUUUGCUGAUGAGAAUUUCAAGCUGAAGCAUACUGGACCAGGGCUUUUAUCGAUGGCAAAUGCUGGUCCAGACACCAAUGGCUCACAAUUCUUCAUCACCACCGUGACAACUACCUGGUUGGAUGGCAGACAUGUUGUAUUUGGAAAGGUGCUGUCUGGCAUGGAUGUGGUUUACAAGGUUGAAGCUGAAGGAAGCCAGAGUGGGACACCCAAGAGCAAAGUUGCUAUAGUUGACAGCGGCGAACUUCCUCUUUAAAUUUUCUCAGAGUGAUAAUAACUGUAGUUGUUUCUUCUUCCCCUUUGUCUAUCAUAUGUGAGAGACCUCAAGAUGUUGUCAGUGUACCGAUAGAUUUUGAACUUAUAACACUCCUUUUUCUGUA